AUGAGUGAUCAGAGUACAUCUACUAUGUCGCUGGAACAUUUACCAGUUGAAAUUUUGGCUGAAAUCUUUACUUUCUUGUCAUCUUCCGAGCUGUGUAAAACCUUUUCUAAUCUUAACUCUCGUAUCAAUUCAAUCAUUCAGUCGAUGAUCACUGUGAGUCAUGUGGUGAAAUAUGAUGACACCGAUGCGAUUAACUAUCUACAUUGUUUUCCUGCCUCAAUUGUUCGCCUAGUUCUUAUUCAUGCUAAAACGGUUGAUUUCACCUCUUUGAUCAAUCUACGUUCGCUUACACUAAAAUAUGGUACACUUGCUCAAUUCAACGAUAUUCGCCCGCAACACUUUCCCAAGCUGGAAACUUUACAUCUUUAUGCUGUAUUUCAUACUCCUGACCAGAGUAACGGACGAACAGUAAAUGAUUUGUUCCAAGUAAUACUUUCAAAUGGUUUUCCUCAACUUCGAACAUGUACAGCAGUUCGUCUCGGAGAUUUUGAAUACAAUGAAACCUGGACUGGCUCACCUACUCUUUGCCAUCUGCAUCUAAAUAUGAAAACGGCUGACGAUCAUCAAAAACUUCUGCUUUUGUGCCCCAAUCUGAAAUCAUUCACAGGUGCUGGCUCUACAUUGAUUAAUCUGUUAAAAAAAACUGGCGGCUUACGUCAAAGACGUCUACAAGUUGAACUUAAGAAAAUUGAACAACUAGAAGCUGAAAACAAAUUUAUACUCGAUUGUUUUCCAGGGUUUUCUUUACGUUGUGGCGAGCCCCUUCCACGUUUCAACGGUACAGCAGCAACGACGCGGCGUCAUGCAAAGGACGCCAUUGUAAUUCAAGGCCGAAUCUUACCACAAACUGAGCCGUACUGUCAUGCGUCAUUUCUAAUCGAAAUUACACUCUCAUCAACAUAUCCCUUCCAGUGUCCUAAAACAGUCUUCUGCGACCCUAUCUAUCAUCCAGACAUUGACAACGAUGGGUAUUCGUGUUGUUGUUUUCAACAUUCAUUGCCUGGCGAAAGCUGGGGACCAUCUGUGACUCUUGCGACCCUGAUUGAAGCUGUCACUCGUACUAUUGACACAAUUCCCAGUUAUAGUCGAUCUUUGAAUCAUGCGCUUGCUGAUGAAUUUAAAAAUAAUCCUCAAGAAUUUUAUGAUAAGGCAUUGAAUUCUACGUUAGCGUAUGGGCGACCGCGUUAUUAA